UGGACUGGGAGAGGACGGGAGCUCCGUGGGCUCCGACUCCGAGAUCAAUGGCCUCACUGUCAAACGCACUGAUAAAUAUGGCUUCCUGGGCGGGAAUCAGUACAGCGACACAAAUUCCGCAAGAAGAAGCUUCGUUUCGGUCGCAGCAGGAUUCACGAGUGGGGCCUGUUUGCCAUGGAGCCCAUCGCCGCUGACGAAAUGGUCAUCGAGUACGUGGGUCAGAACAUCAGACAGAUGGUGGCGGACCAUCGAGAAAAGAUUUACGCUCAGCAGGGCAUCGGGAGCAGCUACCUGUUCAGAGUGGACCACGACACGAUCAUAGACGCCACCAAGUGUGGGAACUUGGCCCGAUUCAUCAACCACUGCUGCACUCCCAACUGUUACGCCAAGGUUAUCACCAUAGAGUCCCAGAAAAAGAUUGUCAUCUACUCCAAGCAGCCUAUCGCCGUCAAUGAAGAGAUCACCUAUGACUACAAGUUCCCACUAGAGGAGAACAAGAUCCCCUGCUUGUGUGGAACAGAAAACUGCCGUGGGACUCUCAACUAACGAAAGCACUUCCCCCUUUCCGUUUCUUGCCAACGUCCUGCCGGACCCUUUCACCCUUUUGGUUCUCCUUCCUGAUGAGUGCUAGCAAAGUAGAAACGAAGCCAACGUUGGAGACCGGUUAGCUCUCCGGAUGACUUCAGUUGAGUAGGAAACCGUGACGCAGGCAUUUGCACUUUGUAUGCACAGCUUCAUGGACGGGGCUGUCCCGCAGUCUGUGAUGGGGGCGCGCACCCGCCGACGGUGGCGUCUUGACCCCGUCUGUCGCAGUAUUGUCGGACUUGAACACAUUUUCCAGGCGGAUUUGGUUUCCUACACCCACAGAGAGAGGUUGUUUCCCUGUUGCCACGGCGACCGUUUCGGCUCACCCCACAGAUCUUUUGAUUUUUCUGUGCCCCACGAUCCUGCAGAGAACGCAAACGUCCCGUUCCCGUUCAGACCCCCCCCUUCCAUAAACGCACAGAAACACCAGACUAACUUCAGGGUUUUUAAAAGCUCCUGUUGAGGGCGCACUUUUAAAAUUUACUUCACUCUAUUUGGUUUUUCACCGUUGCAGGAUUUCCAAGUGUGAAGGUCGUCUUUUAAUUUCCUUUCCGUGCGUCAGUAGAAUAUUACUCUUGCUGUUAUAAUUAGAAUUAUAAGCUUGGUUGAAUUAACAAAGUAUCUGACAGUGAGUUGAGCUUCAGCAUUUCUACCCGCUGUGGUUCUGUGAUUCCAAACUGUCCUUUACUUUCCCUGCUGGUUGUUUCUGUCCAGACUCGCUGCAACUUCCUGUUUAGCUAAUGGCGUGUUUAGUUCCUACACAGCGGCUGAAUCGUUACGAAGAGGUUGUUUUUCUUUUUAACUGGCGCGUCCUCCACAUGCAUUUGCUUUUAACCUUUUAAUUUAUUUGUUCUUUGUCGUUUCAUCCGUUCUUCGGUGUUGGGAGUGUUUUUUAAUACACCUUUAACAUGUAGUUCUGUUGAAUGCGUUCAGCAAACAUCGAUGGCGGCUGCAGAAGCGUGAGGUUCCACCUGCUGCUUUCAUGGCGAGCCCCAGUGUUAGCAUUCCCUUUGUCCUUUUCUCUGCCUUCAUCCGGAUGGCAAACUGUUUUUCAUCCCCUUUCUCUUCAUUCUCUUUGGUUUUCCAGCCACUCGAUUAAAAGCACAUAAAUCUUGCUAGACAAAAAAAACACACACACACACACAAACAGUGUGAGAUGUGUAUAUUUGCAGUUUCUUUGGUUUUUUUUCCUCAUUUCUUUACAGUUUAUUUCCACUUGCAAAUGUUAGGUCUUUUUAUUUCCUUGUGAAGAUUAACACUUAGUCUAAAAAAAAAAAGUGGUCAGUGUUAAACUUUUUUGUGCUGCAGAUGUUUUAAAUAAUCAUAUUUGCUUGAUAAAGUCAGACGUUUUCAAAGUUUUAGUAUUGUUUUUGUUCCUCCCCUCACAUUUUUAGGCUUUUAGAAAAUGCAUUAUUCUGGGAGUGCAGCUGCUCCAUAAAGAUUCCUCCAAUUGAAGGCAGUCUGUGGAAAUAAAGAGUCGCCUGCUAAAUCCAUCAACUUCAGCAGGUUUGCGUUGCACCG